AUGGCCGAACCGGCGCCACCUACUAUACCCUUUCUGAAACAGGCGUUCCUCAAGCUCCUCGAGGCACUUGGAGGAAAAGCCAGAGUGUGUCUGUUUAUGGAUGGGCUGGAUGAGUACGCCCGUGAGCACCUGGACAUGAUCAACUUAUUUCGCAGCUGCGCCAGACUGCCUUAUGUCAAGCUCUGCCUAUCCAGUCGGCCAUUGACUGUCUUCGAACAAGCAUUUUCGGCACUUCCUAGAAUGAAAUUGCAGAACUUUACUAAGGGUGACAUACGCCACUACGUCAAAUCUAACUUAUAUGGCCACCCUCACAUGGAGCAGCUAUCGAGGAGGUACCCUAAGCACGGGCCGCAGUUGCCUAAUGAGAUUGUGGAAAAGUCUAUGGGCGUGUUCUUAUGGGUAAAACUUGUUGUGAGAUCCUUGCUGCAAGGCUUGUGUGACUUCAACCGUAUAUCGGACCUCAAGAAACGGGUGCAGUAUCUCCCCGAAGAUCUCGAGGCCCUUUCCGCUCAUAUCUUGAGGAACAUUGACCCAUUAUACCACGCUCAGGCCUCAAGAAUCUUCCAGAUCGUGCGCCUGGCCCAGAGACACUCACCCGACCGGGUCACACUGCUCAAUCUCUCCUGGGCCGACGACGAAGAAGACGAGUGGGCCGAAGCCGCCCCAAUGCAGCCACUCCCCGAAGAUGACAUAUCGUUCCGCUGUGAGACGACGGAUGCCCGAUUGAAGAGCGUCUGCGCCGGCCUUCUGGAAUCCAACGAUGUCCGCUUCUCAGAUUUAAGGCCAGAUGUGUGGGAUGGGCUCAUCUCCCGAACAUCAGGGACUGGGUUUAGUCCACACCUCGCGAUGCUGAAAUCAAGCAUCUUGCACUUGAAAGCCCUAGAUACCAGCUUCCGCUUACCAAGACAUGCAACGGAAGAUACGGAACACUGCUUGUCGUGGCUGGACAUGAGAAUCAUCGCCGAGGCGUUGCAAUAUGCCAAAGUCGCCGAAGACGAUCUGGGAGUGGAAUUCCCCGGAUUGCUAGAUCAGCUGGACAUUGUUGCUUCGCAGCAGUGGUUUGUAUUGAAUAAGUCUGCCGUGCACUGGUCGUAUGGCAUUGAUCUCCCAGGCAUCAAGCCAAUUGGAAAAGCGAGCACGUUCUACGAGGUCGCCAAGUGCAUGGGCCUGGAGCACUAUACCAGGCUCAAAUACGAAACGGCUGAGAUUGUUGACCAGCAGGUGAACCAGCACCUACUCAUGCAAUCUAUUCCGUUUACAUCGGGGGUUGGCAAUCCUCAGACAUACUGCCCCGACCUCGAGCGGAUGCGCUAUGCGCUUCGGAACGGCACGAGUCCUAAUUUGAGCCCGAGUGGGAUCACACCUUGGGAAGCAGUCCUCCUCGACGCGACAGAGUGCUUUCAUACGAGGCCUCACAGUUUUGCCAACCAACUGUUGCCAUCACCUUGGGAGCAGGUGGCUGCCUCUUGGGCGUGUAUUAUCAGGCUGUUCGCAGAAUACGGGGCAGACCCGACUUUAGUGACCAGAAGACACCCCAGGCUUCCCGGUCAUCCACGGCUGACGCCAAACGACGUAGCCGAGACUCUUUUCCCCGAAUUCCUAGCCACAGAAUCUGCAGAAGUGAGCAGAUUAUUGAGCGAAGCGAGGAGGAGAGCAAAGGACAGGCUUGACCAUAAAGCAUAG